CCCGAGUCCAGCGCAGCUGGGCCAGAACCGCGGACCUCGGGAGCCCGGCAGCUGCGUCUGCGGAGUGCGCCUGCGCGGCCGCGAGCGGAAUGAAGAAGGAUGGAGGAGAGCAGUGUGGAAGAAGAAUAAGAAAAUGAUCGAACUGCACAAUCAGGAAUACAGCCAAGGGAAACACGGCUUCACCAUGGCAAUGAACUCCUUUGGUGACAUGACUAAUGAAGAAUUCAGGCAGGUGAUGAAUGGCUUUCGAAACCAGAAGCACAAGAAGGGAAAAGUGUUCCGAGAGCCUCUGUUUCAUCAGGUCCCCAAAUCUGUGGACUGGAGAGAGAAAGGCUAUGUGACUUCUGUGAAGAAUCAGGGUCAGUGUGGUUCUUGUUGGGCUUUUAGUGCAACUGGUGCCCUUGAAGGACAGAUGUUCCAGAAAACUGGCAAACUUGUCUCACUGAGUGAGCAGAACCUGGUGGACUGCUCUCGGCCUCAAGGCAACGAUGGCUGCAAUGGUGGCCUGAUGGACUAUGCCUUCCAGUAUGUUAAGGAGAACGGAGGCCUGGACUCUGAGGACUCCUAUCCAUAUGAGGCA